GUCCCUGCGCCAUCUUUGAUGAGGGCGUCGCAACCCACUUCACCUUCUAUCAAAGCAGCAUCAAUUGACCCUCCGCCAUCUUGGAUUAGGGCAGCACCGGCGCCCGCUCCAUCUUUGAUCCAGGCCCCACCAAUCACCCACGCUCCGUCCGCCAACAUUUAUGUACUAAGACGAAGUAUUCAAUUGGGCCAAAUCGCAAAUGAAUCAUUUUUGAGUCACUGUACAAGGUGGUCGGCGGUUUUAGUCGGGCGAGAGGCGGGUUGAUGGUAGCAAGUGGGUCGGAAGUUUGAGGCGCGGCGCUGAGUACUGGCGCUGAAGGAGAGGGUCAGGCGGCGUUUAUAUAGGACAGAGGGACAUGACUGGACUUUUGGGGCGAAACCCUCUACCAGGACCGAAUGUGGAGGCGGGGGAGCAAGUAUAAAGCAGGAUCCUGAUAUCACUGCCAUACCUGAAGACCAGUGAUAUCAGGGGAUAUUGGAAGAUUGUGAACCCUGGAUUGAAUAUAGUGUUAUGAUUAGUGAUACAAAAUCCUCCGGAGCUGAUAAACUGAAUUUGGAAAGGGCAAAGUCCAGAUGAAAAAUUCUUAAUGACCACCGAUCUCUCCCCCACUUCCGUGCAAUAAAUCCAAAAGCCAACUUGUAGCGCACUAUACGUUUGUACGUCUAAUCUAAAGAAAUGGAGACAUCAGAAAAGAUCACAGCAUCCAAAACUAUGCUGAUAACUGGUGGGGGAGGUUAUCUAGGAUGUAGACUUGGCUGCACCCUGCAGAAGAUGGGCCUAAAGGUGAUUCUGUUUGACAUCCACAGUCCUUUAGUGGAAGUGCCUGAUACAGUAAGCUUUAUAAAAGGAGAUAUCUGCAACUACCUGGAGGUGGAGACUGCAUUCAGGAAUGUAGACUGUGUUUUCCAUUUAGCUUCUUAUGGCAUGUCUGGUAGGGAGCAGCUAAAUAUAAAGCUGAUAGAGGAUGUUAAUCUAAAAGGAACGGAUAAUGUUAUCAAAGCAUGUCUGAGGAAUGGAAUACCAAGUCUUCUUUACACAAGUACGUACAAUGUUGUGUUUGGGGGCCAAGUAAUUAAAAAUGGAGAUGAAUCGCUGCCAUAUCUUCCUCUGCAUCUUCACCCAGAUCACUACUCAAGGACUAAAUCUUUAGCUGAGAUGAAGGUGCUGCACGCAAAUUGCACCAUGCACAAGAAAGGCUCUGGUGUUUUACGGACAUGUGCCCUGCGGCCAGCAGGUAUCUAUGGACCAGGUGAGCAGAGACACCUUCCAAGGAUCGUUAAUUACGUGGAGAAUGGCCUAUUCAAGUUUGUAUAUGGGGCCGCAGAUUGCCUGGUGGAGUUCGUUCACGUUGACAACCUUGUUUCUGCACAAGUACUGGCAUCAGAAGCUUUAACAAGACAAAAAAAUUACAUAGCAGCAGGCCAAGCUUAUUUCAUCUCUGAUGGCAAACCAGUCAACAACUUUGAAUUUUUCAAACCACUGGUUGAAGGCCUUGGCUACAAGUACCCCACAAUUAGAUUGCCACUCUCACUCAUCUAUUACUUUGCUUUCCUAACUGAAAUAGUUCACUAUUUUGUCGGCCGCAUUUACAAUUUUCAACCAUUUCUGACCCGAACGGAAGUCUAUAAAACCGGCGUCACACAUUAUUUCAGCAUACAGAAGGCUAGAAAAGAUCUGGGGUACAAUCCUCAAGAACAUAGCUUGAAAGAAAUAGUGGAGUGGUUCAAAACCCGUGGUCACGGGCGGAAAUUAUCCAUGUACAACAUUAGACGCUUUAUGUGGGAUGUCGUAUUUUUAAUACUGCUGUUGAUUGUUAUCAUGUCUUGGCUUCCAGUAGUAUCUGCAUAAUAUUUCAUGCACCUAAUACUCUACUGAACAUUAUUUGCAGCCCGGAACCUAAUUGGUAAAGUUCAAAAAUUGGCACGGGUUUAUAAUAAAAUAGAAAAUGUAUAUUUUCAUGUAAAAGGGAAGUUAGUUGCCACUGGAAGCCUGGGAUUAAUGUAGUCAACUACUUUUAGUUCUUCCAUAAAUUUGUGGGAAGAAAUGUUGGGGCCAGAAGAGGCAGAAGAAGGCAAUUAUCUUCUUUUUGGUGACAUGUCUCACAAAUAGAGUGGUACGGUCGUCAUUAGGUUGGAUCAAUGGGUGUUUCAGGGGGUAUUGUGUUAUUUAGUUAUAUCUUUUUGAUUGUUGGAAAAAAGGAGAAUGGGAAAGCAGUCAAGAAUUAUGCUGAGAAAGUGCCAAGAAGCAAAGAAGUACAUCCAAAGAGAAAUGUCCGAUUUCAUCCAUCAUCAGAUUACAUCAGACAAUUAUACGGAAUCUCAUCCAUUCCAACCGCAAUGCCCCAUCUAAGCCAGUUCUAUUUGCUCGCAUUUGGCCCAUAUCCCUCUAAACCUUUCCUCUUCAUGUACCUGUCCAAGUGACUUUUAAACACUGCCUUUUAUAGUUUAAUAUCAAGACAAGGAGAGAUAUAUGGAGUAGGUUGAGAACUAAUUAACCUGAUCUUACAACGUAGAAGAUGGGUUAUGAUAAGUUGAGAAAUAUCCUUGCCUUUCAGAACGUGUGCUAAAUAAGAAACUAGUUUGACCUCUCUCAGGGAGAAACAAUUUUUAUUUGGGAUCUGGGCAUGGUUGGCAAGGACAGCAUUUAUCGUUAAUCUCUAGUUACCGCUGAGAAGGUGGUGGGACUUGCAUUACUGCAGUCCCUCGUGUCAAGGGAUGUCCAUAGCAUUUUGGGGUAAGGAGAUCCAGAAUUUAGACUGUGUGACAAUGAAGGGUCGAUGUUUCAAAUGCAGCAUGGGGUAUAAUCUGGAGGGAAACCUGCAGUCAAUGGUGUUCCCUUGUGCCUGCUGCCUUUGUUCUCAGUAGAAGGGUUUGGGAGCUGUCAUAGUGGCCGAAUGAGUAACUGCAGUGCAUUACAUAGAUGGUACACACUGCAUCCUUAGUGAGCCAGUGGCAGCGGCAAUGAAUGCAUAGGGUGGUUGAUUCGGUACCAGUCGAUUAAUAAACUUUGCCCUGGAUGAUAUUAGACUUCCUAAGAGUUGGCAGAGCUGCAUUCAUCCAAGUAAAAAGAGAAUAUUCCAUUUGUUUGAAACUGUUAUUGCUUUGGACUUUGUCUCUUUUAUAAUGAACACUUGUUUAUGUAGAUAUAGAAAAAUAAAGAAAAGUUAAUGACAAGCUUAAGGAGACUAAUACAAUCUCUUUCUAAAAAGCUGAAUGAAUGGGUAACAAAUAGAAUACAAUAUCAAAUUAAUUUAUUUUUAAUUCAUUGAUAUAUUCAUAAUUAUUAUUCUUCGUACUGAGAUUUAAGUGAAAACAUUUGAAUGGUUUGAAGGUUAAAUUCAAGUUAGGUUAAUGCUAUUGUCAUUGCACAUAAUUCUCCAGGCAGAAAUGCUGAUGAAAGAGAUAGUACUAUAUAACACUUUAACAUACAGGAGUGCUUCUGAUAAUAGAUUAUUUGGUGUGCAGUGCGAAUAAACAAAUGGACAAUUAUACUAGUAGCAUUCUGCGAACAGUCAAGAGUUUAAUAAUUUUUCAUCUCUGUUUUGGUUGGAGAAAGAAUGUUGAUCAGAUAAAGAUUUAUUUUCAUUGGUAUCUUAAGAUUAUUAACUGAGCAAACAAAAGCUGCAGCAAUUUGAUAUGUGUUUGGAGCUACUCUGAGCUAUUGGAUUAGGGUAUUAAAGUCUGUUGAGAAACUUGAAACCAAUUUUCUGGCAGGGAAUGUGAUGUAAUGAAUCAAAGGAUUGGAUGGCCUUUUGAUAAGUAACCUCUCAUUUUUAUGUUUACAAUAACCAAAAACAACAUUGGCUCUGCGGUACAUUCGUAUUUGAUCCAUUUCCCCAGUUUACUUCCCUGCAACCUAUUCUCUCUUGUGCCCCUCAAUUCAAUCCUGAUGCCCCCACCACCCACCUUCAACACAGAUUAUAUUUCUACAACCAAUUAAUGAAAAUACUGACCAGCAGGUCUCUGAGAUGUGAGAGGUAACUGUGAAAUCCAUCUAUUCAAAAUCCACCUGUUUACAGGAAAAAUGUGAAAAUUGCCACACAAUGCUGGAAAUCGGGAUUAAAGUUGGGCCACUGGGGCUACAGGCCGGCAGUACUAGCACUGCAUCAUUGUGCCACCCACAAAUCAAUGCCUGAUCUUGGUGAGCUCAUUCACCAUCGUGAAUGCAUUAACCAACAGCACUGCAGAAACAGGCUCCAAUCGAUCAUCUUCUCAGUUUGAUGCAUAACUUAAAAAAUAAUAUGUGCAUACAUCAAUGUGUUUUCAAACUCUUUGUUAGUUCAGUGUAAAUGUUCAAAAUGUAUUUAAUGCAACAAAGCUUAGACCAAUAGAUAAAGGGGAUGGGACAACUCUAAACUUUUAUCAAACUGUUGGAACUCUUCAGAUGAAGGGCAAAUAUGGGUUUUGGUUGGUUUCUGAUGUUACUUUCACGAUAAGUUCUAGAAAUGUAUCUUUAUUAACUGGACAUUCUGGAAUUGGUGUCCUUAUCAAUGUGUACAAUAUUUGUACUUAAAAAUAAAAGUGAGCUUGUGUGAUAUUUUGAUGGACUAACAUUUAAUAUAAUUUCUGUUAAGAUAAAAUGUUUUAAAAAAAAACAAAACUUUCUGAGAGAAACUACUCAUAAACAAGAAUUAGUUAUUUUGUGGAAUAUUUUUUAAAGGUAUUUGCAUAAACGUUACAUUUACUGCUAAUAAAUUUAUCUUGCAUACA